AUGUUUCGGGAUUGGACUCAUUCAUCGAAUGAUUCACGCGAUUCAUCACCUGCACGACAGAACUUUUCUAACAUUUUGACAACACCUAAAGUUUCAAGUUCUACAAGGACAAAUAAUUUAUCUUCAAAUGUUCCACCAAAAAUGGUUAUUCCAAUCGAACGAGCCAAUGAGGAUUAUCACAACAAUCAUACAAAUCUGGAUGAAAACAAUUUUUUCCAAAGCAAGACAGCCUGUGUGACAGGUGCUGGUCGAGGUAUCGGUCGAGCUGUAGCUCUUCGUCUUGCUCAAGCAGGCUGUUCACGUGUUAUUGCUUUGGGAAAAACAGAAGCUCACUUAUUCUCUUUAUCUAACGAACACAAAAAUAUCAUUCCCAUUGCUGUCGAUGUUUCUCAUUGGGUGACGACAAAGGCAGCCAUUCAACCUUAUUUACCUAUUCAAUUGUUAGUAAACAAUGCCGGUGUUCUCAUUCUUAAUGAUUUCCAUGAUAUUCAUCAAAAAGAUUUCGACAUAUCUUUUCAAACAAAUGUACGACCAAUUAUUGGUCUUACUCAGGAAAUAACUCGUGAUUUAAUUGCACGAAAUUUACCGGGAAGUAUAGUCAAUGUGUCCAGUAUUGCUUCGGCUAUUGCUGCUCAGAAAUUUAUGGUUUAUGCAGGAACAAAAGCAUGUAUGGAUGCAUUUACACGUAACAUGGCAAAUGAACUGGGUCCUCAUCAGAUUCGAGUGAAUAGUGUUCAGCCAACUGUCGUCCUCACUGAUAUGGGUAAAGCAGCUGGAUGGGAAAAUGAACAACAGGCAGCACCUCUUCUUGCCAAAACUCCGUUAGGCCGAUUUGCAGAACUCGAUGACGUUGUUGAACCUAUUCUUUUUCUACUUUCAAACAAAAGUUCAAUGAUUACUGGUACUUGUCUGCCCAUUGAUGGAGUCUAUAAAUCAUACUUCGUUUCCUCUGUCUUCAAUAGAUUCAUACGACCAGUUCAACUUAAAUUGCAAGAUCAUCAAGCUCACGCUUCUCCUGCUUGUCUCCCGCCACCGCCUCCGUGCAAUGAAAGCUAUCAAAUGAUUGUUCUAACCGGCGGACUAGUAUAUGGUAUACCGAAUCCAGCCAAUAGAACUACAAAACACGUUUACAAGCCACAACGGAUGGAUGUGAUUACUGCAGCUGAAAAAGUAUUGACCAUGAUGGAGCCAUCAAAAACUGCUUCAUUUAUUGAAUCAAACAGAAAUCAUGGUUUGAAAAUUCUCGAAAUCUCUGUUCGAGACCAAGUGAUCAUACCAGGACUAAUAGAUGUACAUGUUCAUGCUAUUGGAGGUGGCGGCGAACAAGGUCCAUAUUCUCGAACUCCCGAAAGUCGUUUAUCUCACCUGAUAAAUGGUGGAUUAACAACGAUUGUUGGAAUACUUGGAACGGAUGGUAUGACAAGGAGUCUUUCAUCAUUACUACAAAAAAUGAAAAGUCUUGAGCAUGAUGGU